UUUUUCCUUCGUGGAAAGAAAAUUUCAAACCAGGAGGUACUGACUUUGAAGAGAAAGUUGAAGUCGAUGAAAGCACGUCUGGCUGAGAAAGAAAAACAAGAGGGCGAGAAUGCUCGUCACCUGGAGGAAGUGACUACUCGCACAUUACGAUUAGAAGAAGAAGGGGAAAAAACGGGAGGAAAACAAUCAGAUGCUCAUGGAAAGUCUGUUGCGGGAUGUUGAUGAGCGGGAGGAGGCAGCAAAACGUCGGUUUAAAGAAGCAUUGGAAAACUUGCAUCAUGACAAGGCUGCAAUUGAAAAUGAGAUAAAAGAGAAAUGGGAAGCAAAAGAAGAUGUUGGGAAACUAACUGAGGAAUUAGAGACAGUGAAACAGAAUUUAAUCAUUGUUGAUCAGAAAAGAGAAAUGUUAGAAAAGGAAUUAAGUGAACUUGUGCAGUCAGCUUCUGAUAAUACACUCCAGGCACGAGAAGAAAUUUUGCACAAUUUUGGAGAACUGAUGGAAACAGAGCUGCAAUGUAGUAUAUGCAAUGAGUUGUUUGUGGCUGCUACAACUUUAACUUGCAAUCACACAUUCUGUAAGUUUUGCAUAAGUGAGUGGAAAAAAAAAAAGAAAAAGGAUUGCCCUGUCUGCAGGAAGCCAAUUUCUGAGGAGUUCAGGUCACUUUCACUUGAUAAUUUUAUAAACAAGAUGGUGGAAAACCUUUCGGAUGAUAUGAAGAAGAGGAGACAGGAGUUAAAAGAUGAAAGACAAGCUUUGUGUGACAAGAAUAAAAAUAGAAAUGAUGGUGCAAGUGGAAGCAGAAAUGGAAUUGGAAAUGAAAGUGGAGAAAGGCGGCGUGCAGGGUCUGCUUGACGCACUACAACCGAAAGCAUUCCAAGACCAAGGCAACACCAGCCAUUACCUGCUGUUGUCGAAUCACUAUCACCCCCAGCUGAAAUAGUUACUGUACAUUUAUCAGACUCCUCAAAUGAUUCAGAAGAUGAUAGUGAGGAUUCAUUGCCAAUAACGAGUG